AACUGAACAAACAACACAGAGCUAGAAACUCCAGAGGUAGCUCAAAAAAUGGGAAAGGAUCGAAACGGCACCCCUCUCUCUGAGAAACGACGAAAACAUGAGGAGGUGGAAGAAGGGGAUAAGGUGAAAGAAGAAAGGAAACCGAGGAGUAAAUCGACUCCGGAGUCCGAUGUAGGCCGAGGAUCGGACUCGGAAACCGAUAGAAAGCCCAAAAGAUCGGAGAAAGCAAAGAAGUCGCGAAGUCGGUACAGCAGUGACGAAUAUUCCGAUUCGGACUCGGAGUCGGAUUCUGACGAGUCGGAGUAUUCUGAUUCGGGUUCGAGUUCUGAGGAGAGUAUGAGUGAGAGUGAAGACGAAGAGGAGAGGAGGAGGAGGAAGAGGAGGGAGAGAAAGAGGAGGAGAGAGAGGGAAGAAGAGCGGGAGAGGAAAAGAAGGAAGAGGGAAAAGGAGAAGAAGAAGAGGAAGGAAGAGAAGAGGAAGCGAGAGAAAGAGAAGAGGAAAAAGAAGGAGAGGAAGAAGAAGGAAGAAAGAGGGAAGAAAGGUGCAGUCACUAAUUCUUGGGGGAAGUAUGGGAUCAUUAGAGAAACUGACAUGUGGAAUAAACGACCAGAGUUUACUGCAUGGUUAGCUGAAGUGAAACAGGUGAACCUGGAGAAUCUGGCUAAUUGGGAAGAGAAACAGAUGUUCAAAGAUUUCAUGGAGGACCACAAUACAGCCACCUUUCCUUCUAAAAAAUAUUAUAAUCUUGAUGCACAUUUCAGACAUAAAUUGGAAAAGGAAAUUAAGAAGGGUCCCAAGAAAUCUGUAGAGACAGAACGUACUAUAUUUGAUGAUGAAGAACAGCGCCGGUUAGAAUUGUUGAAAGAACGUGAAAAGCAGAAGGAACAGCAGGUUGAAGAAUUGAAGCGCUCUAUGCAGGGUGGAAUGGCACAAGCAAUGAAGGAGCAAGCUCAACUCAAGGAAGAGAUGGCUUAUCAAUACAAGCUUGGAAACUUCGAGGCUGCAGCUGCGAUCCAGAGGAGGUUGGACCCAGACGUGGCCAUGUAGCUUCGGUAGCUACAAGAGGGGGAAUUCAGCUGGGUCACACCAUAGUCUACCCUUUUGUUGAAUCCAUCUUUUCCAGAGUACUUAAUUUACAUAAAGCUUCCCACCGGAAACGUGCAAAUCGUAAUCAUCAAUUCAACAGUGUGUCGAAUCAGUUACGGUCUAUGCUUAUAAUUUGAGAAUGAUCUUCAUUAAUGCAUCUGGAUAUUCUAUAUGCAUGAUAUUGUAUAACACAUUUUUGUACGUCUUAUGUUAUCUUGGUUUUAUGAAGAGUGCCCUAGGAUUUUUCUGACUA